AUGGGUAUUAUAUUGGCUGACUUCCCAUCAGCUGGGACCUCCCAAGUCAGCCAGACUGCUGAUAAAUGAUCGGCAGUGGUUUGGUGAGCACCUGUGCCAGCUGUCUCAGUACUCUAGGAUGUACCCCAUCCGGCACCACAGAUUUUUGGAUAUUGAUGUGGAGCAGCAGAUCCCCAACCAUCUCCUCUUGGGUUGUGGGGAGUACCUGAAGUAUGAAUACCAGUUACGUAGUUUCAACAUAUGCCAAAAACACUGGCCAGAGGAAAAUUCUUCAGUAGUUCAUGGUUUUGCAGCAUCUCAGCAUCUUCUGAACUGUAGAAAAGUGUUCUGUAGGCCUGCGAUUGACCCUGAGUUUGUAAAGGGUGUAAAUAGUAGCACAAACUCAAUUGAGACUACAGAUGAAUUUGUCUUUAAAAUAGAGGUGCUAAUGAGUGGAAGGAAGCAUUUUGUGGAGAAGAGGUAUAGUGAAUUUCAUGCACUUCAUAAAAAGCUCAAGAAGUUCAUAAGAACUCCUGAGAUCCCUUCAAAGCAUGUGAGAAACUGGGUGCCCAAGGUCCUGGAGCAGCGACGGCAAGGCUUGGAGUUGUACUUGCAGACAGUCAUCUUAGAAAACGAAGAGCUUCCUAAAAUAUUUCUUGAUUUCCUGAAUGUUCGCCAUGUACCUACCUUGCCAAAAGCAGAAAGCUGUGGCUCUUUUGAUGAAACAGAAUCUGAAGAAUCAAGCAAACUGUCCCACCAGCCUGUGCUGCUGUUCCUAAGGGAUCCAUAUGUCUUGCCUAAAGCCAACGAUGACUUUCCAAAUGUAGUUAUAGAAGGCAUUCUACAUGGAAUAUUUUAUCCUCAUCUACUGCCCAGGUAG